AUGGACAAUGAAGUGAUUGAGGAUGACGAUGACAUCAAUUUUGAAUCAUUUGGUGAUGAAAUUGAUGCUCCUCCCGGAUUUAGAGAUAGAAAUCAUCCUAUUCAAGUUGAAGAUGAAGAAGAUGAGGAUGAGGAUGAUGAUAAUGAUGCUAGUGGUGGAGCAUUCGAGGAUGCACAAAGGAAUGGUUUUGGAAUUUGUAUAGAUAUGGACAAUGAAGUGAUUGAGUAUGAUGAUGACAUCAAUUUGGAAUCAUUUGGUGAUGAAAUUGAUGCUCCUCUCGGAUUUAGAGAUAGAAAUCAUCCUAUUCAAGUUGAAGAUGAAGAAGAUGAGGAUGAGGAUGAUGAUAAUGAUGCUAGUGGUGGAGCAUUCGGUUCACAUGAUGAUAUUGAUUUCAAUUUUCUUCAUAACAAAUGA